CGCACAGCAGCAAAUCCGUCGGUCGUUCCCACGUUCCUCUCACGCCCACCAGGAUGCUUUUGUUGAAACAUUUGCUGAGAUCGGUGUUGGGUGGAGAAGAAAGAAGAUUUGGGUGUUUGUUGUUGCUUAGAACAAUGACGAGUGGUGGUGAUUUAGUGGAUAAGAAAUCAGCUGUUGCUGGUGGCGUUGAAGAUAUGUAUGGUGAGGAUACUGCCACGAUGGAGCAGCCUGUCACUCCAUGGACCGUCUCUGUUGCUAGUGGAUAUACAUUGAUACGCGACCCGCGCCACAACAAAGGUCUUGCGUUCACCGAGAAAGAGCGAGACGCUCAUUACCUGCGUGGCCUCCUGCCCCCGGCUGUUCUAAGUCAAGAGCUUCAGGAGAAGAGGAUGAUGCAUAACAUUCGCCAAUAUAAAGUUCCUUUGCAAAGGUACAUGGCCAUGAUGGAUCUUCAGGAGAGGAAUGAACGGCUUUUCUACAAGCUUCUCAUUGAUAACGUGGAGGAACUUCUCCCGGUUGUUUACACUCCAACGGUCGGCGAGGCUUGCCAGAAGUACGGGAGCAUUUUCCGGCGCCCUCAGGGUCUUUACAUCAGUUUGAAAGAGAAGGGGAAGAUUCUUGAAGUAUUGAAAAACUGGCCCGAGAGAAACGUCCAAGUCAUCGUUGUCACGGACGGUGAGAGAAUUUUGGGACUCGGAGAUCUCGGUUGCCAGGGGAUGGGUAUACCUGUAGGAAAACUCUCUCUAUACACAGCUUUGGGAGGAGUCCGUCCAUCUGCAUGCUUGCCUAUUACUAUUGAUGUUGGGACGAACAAUGAGAAGCUGUUAAACGACGAGUUUUACAUCGGCCUCAGGCGAAGGAGGGCGACUGGACAGGAAUAUGAUGAACUUCUUCAUGAGUUCAUGUCUGCAGUUAAGCAAAAUUACGGGGAGAAAGUCCUGAUACAGUUCGAAGAUUUUGCAAACCACAAUGCAUUUGAGCUGUUGGCAAGAUACUGUUCUAGUCAUCUCGUUUUCAACGAUGACAUACAGGGUACCGCAUCCGUGGUGCUGGCCGGGCUUAUUGCGGCCCUGAAAUUACUCGGUGGAACACUCGCUGACCAUAGGUUUUUGUUCCUUGGUGCUGGAGAGGCCGGAACUGGUAUCGCAGAGCUAAUAGCUCUUGAGAUGUCAAAGAAGACUGGAAAUCCGAUCGAAGAGAAUCGCAAGAAGAUUUGGCUCGUAGACUCAAAGGGGUUGAUUGUCGCGUCCCGAAAGCAGUCACUUCAACACUUCAAGAAACCUUGGGCUCAUGAGCAUGAACCUGUCACGAAACUUGUUGAUGCCAUCAAGGCAAUCAAACCGACGGUCUUGAUUGGAACAUCUGGAGUGGGAAAACAAUUCACAAAGGAAGUUGUUGAAGCAAUGACAUCCAUCAAUGAGAAACCUCUUAUCAUGGCUCUAUCAAACCCGACCUCACAAGCUGAGUGUACAGCAGAAGAAGCAUAUACAUGGAGUGAGGGUCGUGCAAUCUUUGCAAGCGGAAGCCCAUUUGACCCCUUUGAAUACAAUGGCAAAGUCUUCGUGCCCGGCCAGGCAAACAAUGCUUACAUUUUCCCCGGAUUUGGUUUGGGGUUAAUAACAUCCGGUGCGAUCCGUGUACACGACGACAUGCUUUUGGCAGCCUCGGAAGCUUUGGCGUCACAAGUGACAGAAGAACACUUUGAAAAGGGAUUAAUUUACCCACCAUUCUCCAAUAUCAGAAAGAUCUCAGCUAACAUUGCUGCGAAGGUUGCUGCCAAGGCAUACGAGCUCGGGUUGGCAUCUCACCUUCCUCAGCCGAAAGAUCUGGUUAAAUACGCGGAGAGCUGCAUGUACAACCCUGGGUAUAGAUCAUAUCUCUGAUGUUCAAUUUUGUUACUCUUAAUCAAAAUUUCUUCGUUAGUUUCUUGUAUCCGGGCUCAUCGCCUAGUUAUUAGCAGGAAUCUAUUGAUUUCUUCUUACUUUUUUCUCUUCCGAUGGAAACUGUUCUGAUGAUACUUCUAUGUUUGAAAUAGAACACAAUAAUAUUCAGCCGUUUAACUGUCA